AAGGAUGAUUCGUUUGCGAAUCGGACACCGAUACUGCAUACUGCAUUCAUAUCAGGAGUUAUAUGGUAGUGUACCGAUCUGAACACAGCUCUGUGACCGCAUGUGUGAUGAGACUGAACUCUCCAUCUGUCUUCUUCUGAGGCGCUUCCAGCGGACUCGACUCACUUUCCUGAAGGAGCAGCUCAGUUCUCCUGCAGGUGCAUAGGAUGGAAGUUCUCUGUGGAUGUCCAAACUAACAGCUCGAGCAGAUGAUAGCCUACAUGACCAUCAGCAGAAAUAACUUUCUGACAGACUGCGUCGUUAUACUGACUGACAUCGCUUCAGUUCCUCCGCGGUUCUGCUCGUAUUAAAGCACAUCUUCAUGAAGCACAUCUGAUGUAAACUUGUGGAAAUACAUCGCGAACAUCACCCGUUCAUCUGAAGGCACUCAGCAUCAGCCACUGCAGACGACUGGAAGAUGAAGCUCGCUGGAUUUAUGCUCCUCCUCAUCAAUUCAGCGGCCUCCAUCAAUCUCAAAUACAUCUCCAAGAGGAACUCAGUGGACGGCUGUAUUGACUGGUCGGUGGACCUGAAGACGUACCGUGUGCUGGCCGGAGAGCCGCUGAGGGUGAAGUGCGCUCUCUUCUACAGCUACAUACGCACCAACUACAGCGUGGCCCAGAAUGCCAAGCUGCGGCUCAUCUGGUACAGGAACAAGGGCGACUCUGAGGAGCCCAUCAUCUUCUCGGGUCACCGGCUGAGUAAGGAGGGAGACUCCAUCUGGUUCCGCUCGGCAGAGAUGGAGGACAAUGGGUUUUACACUUGUGUGCUCAGAAACUCCACGUACUGUAUGAAGGUGUCCAUGUCUCUGACGGUGGAGGAGAGCGAGGAGGGACUCUGCUUCAGCAGCCGGAUACGGUACCAGGAGAACGCCGAGGUCACCAAGAGCAAAAUGAUCAGCUGCCCUGACAUCCACUACUACCACCCCCAAAACAAACAUAACAUCAUGACCUGGUACAAGGAGUGUCAGAGGAAAGAGUGGAGGAGCUCCAUCAUCAUCAACACCACCAGCCUCUGGAUCCCGGAGGUGCAGGAGGACGACGGAGGGAACUACACCUGUGAACUCAAAUAUGGCAGCAGAGUUGUGAGACGGACCACAGAGCUCAAAGUCACAGCACUUCUUACGACCAGACCACCAAAAGUGCUGUUCCCGUCAGAGAGACAGGCCAGCGUCAUAGAUGUCCAGCUCGGCAGGCUUCUGGUCCUGGACUGCAGGGCUUUCUUCGGCUACAGCGGGGACUCCAGGCCCAUCAUCUACUGGAUGAAGGGAGAUAAGUUCGUGGAGGAGCUGGAAGGACACAUACGAGAGAGUGAAGUCAGGGUGGUGCGGGAGUUUCUGGGGGAGAAGGAGGUGGAGCUGUCGCUGAUCUUUGACGCUGUGGAGGAGACGGACAUGGGCAACUACACCUGUACCGUGGAGAACCACAUCGGCCGAGGCAGCGGGAGCGCCGUCCUGCAGAAGAAAGACAUGUACAGGCUGGAACUGGUUGGUGGUCUGGGUGCCAUCAUGCUGAUAUUGGGGAUCUUCACAGCCAUCUAUAAGUGCUAUAAUGUGGAGAUCAUGCUGUGCUACCGACGACACUUCGGCAGCGAUGAGGCCGAUGAUGACAACAAGGAAUAUGACGCCUACUUAUCUUACACCAAAGUGGACUUUGAGUCAGUGGAGCGUGAGAUGAGUGAGGAGGAGCUGUUUGCUCUGGAGAUCUUACCUGACGUUCUGGAGAAACACUACGGAUAUAAACUCUUCAUCCCACACCGGGACCUCAUUCCCAGCAACACGUACAUCGAGGACCUGGCGCGCAGCGUGGAGCAGAGCCGGCGUCUCAUCAUCGUCUUGACCCCUGAGUUCGUGGCCCGCCGUGGCUGGAGCAUCUUCCAGUUCGAGCCGCGGCUGCACAGCAUGCUGGUGACGGGUGAAAUCAAGGUGAUCAUGAUCGAAUGCUCGGACCUGCGCAGCGUCAUCAACUACCAGGAGGUGGAGGACCUCAAGCACACCAUCCGCGUGCUGUCGCUCAUCAAGUGGUGCGGGCCCAAGAGCAGCCAGCUCAAGUCCAAGUUCUGGAAGCGGGUGCACUACGAGAUGCCUGCGAAGAGAAAAGAGAGCGUGUCCCGCAGACAAGUCCUGGACUCGGGCGAGCAGGGGCUGUUCGGCGACCUGCAGGACGUGUCCACCGUGGCUAUGACCACCACCUCGGCGUCGCUAGCGCCGGCUCACAUCGAGAUACCGGACUACAACGAGCCGGGCCACCUGCAGAUGCGCCACUUCUGCCGCAGCUACGAGUACGAGCUGCCCAGCUCCGCCAUCGCCACGCUCAGCGGCCGGCACGUGUACUGCAAUCUGCCCAUGACGCUGCUGAACGGACGGCCGGCGCACAACGACAUUGGCAAACCCAAGAAAGACAUUCACUUGAGCAGCCCGUUCGUGCCGCUGUCCAGACCAGAGCUUUCCAGUGACAUCUGGUAGAGCGGCUCCGCCAAACAUCGCUUCGACGAUCUCAUCCUUUCUUCCUUUUUAUCUGCAUGAGUUCAUCUUGUUAGGAUUGAAAAACACAUAGGGCCAGUUUUACUAACAGCUUGAGCCAGCGCAAACCGUCUUUUGGUGUUAAAACAGUACUAUCAGGAUUUACUAAAGUCGCACAGUGACAAAUUAGCAUUGAAAAGGCGUGGACAAUUAUUUUUGCGCCUGAUCUUAUUGAAAAUGCAUUUGUAAGAGUUUCCCUUUUAGACGCAAAAUUUAUGGAAGGAGAGUAUUCAAAUGAACCAUGCAACGAGAUUGGCUAAUGUUUGCGCUCAUCAAAUUACUGGUGUUUGUGCCAUUAUUUAACGCCCCCCAAAAAAGCAUGUCUUAAACUAUUUUGCAAUUGAAAUGGCUGCAAUUGUUGUUACAGAGAACAGAGAGCGCGUGGUAGAAGGGAGAGGAUUUUUCCACAUGUAUUAAUUUAUUUUGAAUGUCAGAAGAACACAUUAUCUGAACAUAUCGUUUGCCAAGCCAUGCUAUUUUUAAUUUGCUCCAGGAGAUAAAAGACAGCUUGGAAGCCUCAACUAGGAGUCACGCUAUACGAGGUCUAUCGACCCUGCUGAAAAAACAAUAGAACCAUCACAGAAAAUUCUAAUGGUUUCCAUUACAAACAUUACAAACCAUCAACUUUUAACCAUUAAAAAAAUAAUAAUUUUCUGUAGUGUGUUUUGGGAAAUAUUCCAUUAGGAUUUAUUGGUUUUAACAAGCCACAAAUAGAAGGUGACCAAUUACCAGUAGAGACCCACGGGGACCAUAACAGUUUCCAUUUAAACCAAUACAAGUCCCAUUAUAACCAGUAAAACCAUUACAAAUGUUGUGAUGGUGUUAUUUUCCAGCAGGGAAAACUCCUUGCAACCCUUCAUUUUUGGCCUGCGGUUCUUUUCAACUUACUGUGGCUUUUUUUAUUUGUUUAUUCUUUAUUUGUGACUACGCUAACUUGCGCUGCACUUGGUAUAUUGCAUUGCUCGAUGUGUAAAUGAGAUGCUGCGUCUGUCUUUAAUUUGCACGUUGUUAGUAAAUCAGUAAAUCAUCGGCGCUGUUGUGGACUUGCACUCUCACGCUAAUUCGCCCUGUUUAGUAAAACUGGCCCAGAAUGGUUUAUCUCGCUUUCUUCCAGCCUUUAGUGUUUUCAUACUUUGAAGAGCUACUGAUAUUGUUAUCUUACUUGAAUUUUGAGGUAAUUCUGCUAUGUACAGUUAUCCCAUCAAGCACCGCAUCUGGUUUAUUUGACAUUAUGACUUUCUUACUAC